AUGUCCGCCAUGCAGCUACUGAUUGUCGCCCUCGCAGCGUGUGUGUCGCUGGCGGCGGCAAAGUCGAAGGAGGAGUUCCCGCUUGUGUGGGUGUGCCUGGGCAUCACCGUGGUUGGCGUGAUUGUGGCGCUGUUCGUUGCGUAUAAGCGUCCCGACGAGCUGCACCUGCCCGGGUCUGUGGUGAUGACGGCGGUCGAGAGCGCGCCUGGCAACGGCAAGAACAGUGAGGAGUAUGUCUAA